AUGGCCAACCAGCAGUUCAAGCCCACCUUUGAUGAUGUGAUGGGGUGCCAAUCGGCUUGCUAUGAAUGGGCGGAUAGCUAUGAUAGCAAGGACUGGGACCGCCUCAGGAAAUGCAUUGCUCCAACUCUUAAGAUCGAUUACCGCUCAUUCCUCGACAAGGAGUGGGAAGCGAUGCCGGCUGAGGAAUUCGUGCUCAUGGCAUCGGAUCCAUCUGUUUUGGGAAAUCCGUUGCUCAAGACCCAGCACUUCAUUGGCGGCACGCGAUGGGAGAAGGUCUCGGAGGACGAGAUGCUUGGAUACCACCAACUCCGUGUGCCUCACCAGAGGUAUACCGACGAGACCAUGAAAAAGGUUGCCGUCAAGGGACAUGCCCAUAGCUUCAACCUCCACUGGUACAAGAAGAUUGAUGGGGUUUGGAAGUUCGCUGGACUGUGCCCGGAUAUCCGAUGGUUCGAGUACGACUUCGACCAGGUUUUCUCAGAGGGACGCGACUCCUUCGGUGAGGCGAAGCAGGCCAGUGGUAUUCCUCAAUCAUUAUGA